CUCUCCCCAUACCCUGUUACUGAAAACGCGGAGAACGAAGGCAAGGUUCCCUUCUUUAAUGACAGAAACACGGGACCAUGUGGAGCUUCAGGUUGCUCCUCUUCUGGGGGUGUUGUGGUUUAUACAGCUCGCGUAUUCUCUCAACAAAAUCUGCGACAAUUGGUGUGAAUGAAUGUGAAGAUACAACUGUGUGCCCAGCUUAUGCAACCUGCACCAACACUCUGGACAGCUACUACUGCACUUGCAAAGGAGGCUUUCUGUCGAGCAAUGGACUGACGCGGUUCCGGGGCCCAGAAGUAACAUGCAAAGAUAUAGAUGAAUGUUCUCAAAGCCCCCAACCAUGUGGUGCCAACUCAGUCUGCAAAAACCUGCAGGGGAGAUACAAGUGCAGCUGCUUGCCUGGUUUCUCUUCUCCCACUGGAAAUGACUGGACCUCGGGAAAGCCGGGUCAUUUCUCAUGCACAGACAUCGAUGAAUGCCUCUCCGAUGGGGUCUGCCCAGAGCAUGCUGAGUGUAUCAACUCCUUGGGAAGCUACAAUUGCAGCUGCCAGGUUGGAUUCAUCUCUCACAACUCGAUCUGUGAAGAUGUGGAUGAAUGUGCCGACCCCGCAACUUGCCCAGAGCAUGCAACUUGUCACAACAGUCCUGGAAGCUACUCUUGUGUCUGCAACCUAGGAUUUGAAUCCAGCAGUGGAAACACAAGCUUGCAGGGCCCAGGAGACACAUGUGAAGACAUUGAUGAGUGCCUUUACAUCAGCCUUUCCAAUGCAACAUGCACCAACACCCCUGGGAGCUACUUCUGCACCUGCUCUCCUGGCUUUGCACCAAGCAACGGACAGCUGAACUUCACAGGCCAAGACGUGGAAUGCAGAGAUAUCGAUGAGUGCUCCCAGGACCCAUCACCAUGUGGCCCCAAUUCUGUCUGCACCAAUGCCCCGGGCUCCUACAGCUGUAGCUGCAUUGAGGGCUUUCGUCCCGAUCCAGAAGGCUCCUUCAACUUCAACUGCAAAAGGAUUCCCUUCAAGUGUAAAGAAGAUGUGAUACCCAACAACGAGUGGGUCCAGCAAUGCCAAAUGGGAGAAGCAGUGAUGGCUGAAUAUGGUUCCUUCUGCACACUAAUGAAUGCCACCUUCAGUGUUCUGGACAAUGCCUGUGAAAAAAAAACCACCGUGGUUUCUCUGAAGAGUGCGGCUGAGAGCCUUACCUCUGUGCUCGAACAAACAUCCACAUGGUCCAACUUCUCCCAAGAGGAGACCUCUGCCCUGGCCACUGUCAUACUGGAGAGUGUGAAAAGCAGCAUCCUGGCAGCUUUCCUGAAACCCUCAGCCAAUGUCACUCAGACUGUUCAGACGGAACACUUGGAAAUUGAAAGCAAGGUCAUCCAGGGAGAAUGUGCUGAAGAGAACGUGAUCCUUCACUUCAAAGCCAAAGGGAAUGAGAUGAAAAUUCGGUGCUCUACAAUCAAGGAAUCUGAAUCCAUAGGGAAUAUCACAGGGACCAUCGGGGUAGCUUUUGUCUCCUUUUCAGGGAUGGAGUUGUUUUUAGAUAAGAGUUUCUUCCAAGACCCUCAGAACCCCUUGGCCAAUUCCCAGAGGAGGCUAAAGAUGAAUUCUCACGUUGUGCAGGGCAUCAUGACUGGGGAGAAGCAAGAUGGGUUCUCUGACCCAGUCAUUUACACGCUGGAGAACAUCGAGCCAAAGCAGACGUUUGAGAGUCCUGUCUGUGUUUCCUGGGACACAGAUAUGGAGGGUGGCAGGUGGAUACCCUCUGGCUGUAAGAUCCACGAAGUUUCUGAGAUGUAUACUACGUGCAGCUGUCAUCACAUGAUGAACCUGGCCGUCAUCAUGGCUUCUGGGGAGCUCACGACGGAGUUACCCUUGCACAUCAUUAGCCACGUGGGUUUGAUCAUCUCCCUGGUGUGUCUCGUCUUGGCCAUCGCCACCUUCCUGCUGUGUCGUGCCAUUCACAACCACAACACCUACCUCCACCUGCACCUCUGCGUGUGCCUCUUCUUGGCCAAGACUCUCUUCCUCACCGGUGUAGACAAGACUGACAACCAGACGGGCUGUGCCAUCAUUGCAGGCUUCCUGCACUACCUUUUCCUCGCCUGCUUCUUCUGGAUGCUGGUGGAGGCUGUGAUGCUCUUUCUUAUGGUCAGGAACCUGAAGGUGAUGAAUUACUUCAGCUCUCGCAACAUCAAGAUGUGGUACCUCUGUGCCUUUGGCUACGGGCUCCCAGGGCUGGUGGUGGCUGUCUCAGCCGGUGUGCAACCACAGGGUUACGGGAUGCCUAAUCGCUGUUGGCUGAACACAGAGACAGGGUUCGUCUGGAGUUUCCUGGGACCAGUCUGUGCCAUCAUCCUGAUCAAUUCCAUCCUCCUGACUUGCACGUUGUGUAUCCUGAGGCAGAAGCUUUCCAGUGUCAAUGCUGAAGUCUCCACGCUCAAAGACACCAGGUUACUGACGGUCAAGGCGUUUGCCCAGCUCUUCAUCCUGGGGUGCUCCUGGGUGUUGGGCAUUUUCCAGAUUGGAUCCAUGGCCAGUAUCAUGGCCUACCUGUUCACCAUCAUCAACAGCCUGCAGGGGACCUUUAUCUUCAUCAUUCACUGUCUGCUCAACCGCCAGGUGCGGGAAGAAUACAGGAAGUGCAUUACCAGGAAGAUGAAACGUAGCCCUGAGUCCCAGACCUCAGGGAUGUUACUGUCCUCUGUCCCCUCCACCUCUAAAUCGGGCUAAAGGUCUUUCUUACUGCCAGCAUGCUAUGAAGCAACAUUUGAGGAAAGCAGAUACCUACGGGAGCCUUCUCUGAAAUCUCUUCCCGGCUUAAUGUGCAGAUGUGGGAUCCUGCCAGCCCCAGAACUCUCUGGGAAGCAAGAAUUUCUGUUUCAGAUUAUCAGUUCUGCUCUUUGAGUUCCCAGAGUUUUGUGGAAGCAACAGAUCCCAGUGCAAUGGCAUGACCAAGAUUAUCGGGCUACCGUUUUGGUUUCUCCUAAAUUCAUUGUUGUAUGGCUCCAAGUGUGCUUCUCCCGCACUCAUCAUGUGCCUGACACAGAGCAGCCCUCAAUAAAUUAUUUGUCAUAUGACUGACCGACUUAGCCUUUGACAAAGAUUCCUGCUGCUCUUAAAGAAACAGUCAGUGUCACGGUAAUGGUGGCCCCGGGGUAUGAAUAAAACACUUAGACCUAUA